UUCGUAACGAACGUUCGAAGCAGGAAUAUCGUUCUCGUUAAUUGUUCCGAAUCACUGAAAGAUAUUUCUUAAAAUUUUUCAGUCUAUAUAUAUAUAUCUAUCUAUAUAUCUAUAUAUCUAUUUAUAUAUAUACAUAUAUAUAUAUAUAUAUAUAUAUAUAUAUUAAUAAAUCGUGUAAUUAGUAUCAUAGAAACGAAUCGAUCUUAAAUUAAUAAGGUGAAACAAUUUGAACGACGAAUCGUUCGUCUUACAAAAGUAUCCUUAUUUUUUCGCGCCUAAUCAAAAAAAAAGAAGUGAGAAUAGUGAGGCGGAAAAAUGGUGUCCGGCACUAUGGCUUGCGUGAAAUACCUGCUAUUCCUUUUCAACUUGAUAUUCGCGAUUACCGGUAUCGUCUUCAUAUCCGUGGGCGCAGUAAUACUGGUCGUUUACAGUGGUUACAAAAACUUCGUCGACAGCUGGUUCUUCGCUGCACCUGUUUUAAUGAUAAUCGUUGGCGUUGUAGUCUUCCUGGUGUCGUUCUUUGGUUGUUGCGGAGCAAUAAAGGAAAAUCAUUGCAUGUUGAUAACAUACUCGGUCUUCUUGAUGAUUAUUUUUGCACUGGAAUUGGGUGCAGGCAUUUCAGGCUACGUAAUGCGUAAUGAGGUGGAUUCGAUGUUGCUUAAUCGUAUGAAUACAACCUUUUAUCAAUAUAAAAGCGAUGAAAACAUUCGUAAAUCUUGGGACAUCAUGCAAUACGACUUACGAUGCUGUGGUAUAGAGAAUCCAGGAGAUUGGGCCAAACUUAAUUACACGGAUAAUAUAAUACCGGAUUCUUGUUGUACGGAAAUUUCUGCCGGUGAUAAAUGUGAUUCGAAUUCGGUUCAUUCCAAUGGUGAUGGUUGUAUGUCCAAGUUACAACAGACCAUUAAGUACAAUUCUUUGGCUUUAGCAUCCGUUGGUAUAGGAAUUGCUCUUACUCAGUUGAUCGGAGUAACCUUUGCGUGCUGUUUGGCUCGCUCAAUUCGUCGCGAGUACGAGACUGUCGAAACCACAGCACACUGAUCUGCCAUCAGUUAAGGGGCAUUUUUCAUAAUAUUGUUCAUCAUACAUUGGCAGAAAGAUAUUUAUAGUUCCAUUGCGAAUAUGACCAUUUUUAUUAAUUAUUAAAAUGCUUAAAAAUGUAUAGCAAAGAGGAAUGAUGUUAAAAUUGUAUUAAAAUAACUUUUCUAUACACGUAAUAUAAAAGAGAAAAUAUAUCUUGGAAAGGUUUAUUAUUGAAGAACUAUUUUCUGAUUUCUCUUUAUGAAGAAUUCUCUAACAAAAAUGAAAUGAUUUACUGCCAUUACAUGCCAAAAAUACCAAAGAGAGCGCAGCGACUAUAAAAAUAUAUAUACAACAAUUUCUCUCUCUUAUUUUUUUCUUUUUUUUUUUUUUUUUUUUUUUUCUUCUUUUUUUUAUGUAUAAUACAAGACCAUCGUAAUGGAACAAAAAAAAAAAAAAGAAAAAAAAAAGAAAAAGGAAAUAAAUAAAUAAGAAUAAAAAAAAUUAUAAAAAGAAGUGUUAAAAAAAAUGAGCGAUAAUGACAAUGAAUAUAAUCGAUGUGCCAUGUGUUGCAGCCAUGAUGUAAAAAUAAUUAUUACAAAAGAGAUUUCUCAUCUAUGUACAAUAUGUCUUCGCUCCUUGUAAAAGCAUAGAUAUUAACAUCAUAAAUGUGAGCUGCUUAAUUUUAGUGCUCGCACUAGCUCUACAACCAUCAUUCCUCUUUAAUUUAUUAUCAUAUAUAAAAAGAAACAAUAAGCUAUUUUUGUCUAAUCUUCCCUCUAACAGUACAAUGUGAAUUGGUUAUCAAAGAUUUACUCGCAGAGAAAAGCCUGUGUUCUAAUACUCAUUAUUAUGCAAAAUGGCUUAUUGCUUCUACUAUAUUUAAAUAUGAAUGAUAUAAAACAUGGCAUACUUUCUUUGUAUGCCUUCUCGAUAAAAAAGGAUACCUUUUUUUUAACAACUCUUUAUUUAAAUAGAAUUAUCAAAUGUUGCAGCAGUCUUACAUGUACCAAAUUCGUAAUGAUAUCAUAUUUAUUCUAGAAAUGUGCGUACUUUUAUUCGUAAUCGACAAAAUAUUCCAAGAUAUAUAUAUAUAUAAAUAAAUAAUGUGUACACAAUAUUUCUCCCUCAUAUCGAUUCUUAAUGCGCAAAUUAACGAAUAUAAAUAAUUGAUGUACCUUGAUAUUUAGUUUCAAUGAUAUAUACAUUGUCAAUUUGUCAAUAAUGAAAUCCUUUGUGUUAUUAAAUAUAUUAAAAUAUUCUAUUCCACGUGUUCUAUACCACUAUGGUUGUAUUAUUAAAAAAAAAAAGAAAAAAGAAAAAAAAGAGAAAAGAAAAGAAAAAAUGAAAAAGAAAAAAGAAAAAAA